AUGCAGACCCUGACCCUACUCUUCGCCCUGUUAGCGGUGGCCUCGGCGCAGUACUACUACACCUACCCGUAUUAUUACUACUACCCCACGUAUUACAUGCCCGUGAGCACCGCCGGAGGAUCGACGAACACCCAGCAGAACCAACAACAAUCCCAGCAGUACCAGCCGCAGCAGCAGCAACAGCAGCAGUACAGCCAGAACUCGGGCGUCGGCACCGGGGUCCAGUAUGAUGCCACCAACCAGAAUGGUCAGCAACAGUACGGCCAACAACAGCAGUACGGCCAGCAGUACGGCCAGCAACAGCAAAACGGGCAGAACAACAUGGGAAAUGGCGUGCAGUAUGAUGCCAGUGAG